AUGGCAAGGAAGGCUACCAAAAAGUCAACGGCUACGGUCAAGCGAUGUGGCAACGCUGGUCGUGUUGAAAAGCCCCGUGCCGACAAUGACCAAACUUUUCUGGAAUCUCCAGAUGCUCUCCCGAGAAUGGUCGAUGAGAGUGACGUUCCUCGUCGCUUCCGUCGACAUCUCGACUUCGAUGCUCCAGUUGGAGAUGUUGGCGCUGAUGAAACUAUCCUCGUUUCGGGCAACGUUGAAGGCGACGAAACCCUGGUCGACAUGGACGAGUGUCUCGACGAGGAUGCUAUUCUACGAACCCAAGUUCUUCUCAACGACGUUGAACAAGAGGAGCGCGAAACUCGAGACGAGUUUGAAGCUGGGGUUUUUGCCAACCGACAGCGCGAAGGCAACUUCCUCGAAGAAUCCCGCUUCCACCGACCUGGUGACAAUCCUGAGCGGGAUCAUUUCUACCAUCGCAUUGACGAUCUUUCUUCUUUGUCUGUCGCUGGCUCUGAGCACGGUGAUCCCGAAUUGGCGAAGCGAAAAGCCGCCCAUGUUGAUGUAACCUAUGGGGUCUUUACAAAAGAUCCUGAAAAGACCAACACCGAAGUCCUUCGCUACAAGGACUGGAAAAACGACGUGGCGACUCCAUGGCUCUUCGCUCCCAUUAGUAACCGUAUGGGACGAACUACUUACGGUUAUAUGCACUACGACAGUUGCAUCAAUCGAGUGCCCGACAAACUCACUCGAGCCGUCAACAUCUUGGAACAGGUUUUGGCGAACAGAAACAAAGAGUUGGCUGCACUCAUCGCCGAGCUCGAGUUCGAGGAAACCGCCAUUUUUCUCGAGACCAGCGAGUUUGUCUUCAACCUCAAGAAUGGCGAGUAUGGACACGCUCAAGUUUCUGCUUCGCCCCUCCGAGUCACUGGACGACGACCAGAUGAUUUGCCUGCUCUGUUCAAGGUCAAGAAAACUGGUGCUCAAGCUUUUAGCAACAACUAUCGGCUCGGUCAGAUUCUCGGCCUUCAACCCCUCGUCACCAGCGCCAUCACCGAAAUUCUGGUGGCAGCCGACGAGCGGAUAGCCCAACCACUUCACUUCGAUCUCUACCAGUCUGGCGAGAGGAGAUUGUCAACGCUCCUGACGAGUUCCAAUUUGUUCGUCCGCGAACUCCACGAGAUUAUUAGAGAAUCGAUGCCCUUACAUCCGUCCUUCACCAGAAUGACGUCCACCGCUGCUUCUCACGAGGAGCAUGCCGCUCAAACUUCCGAGGUGCUUGGCGCGGAACUUGCCACCGGCGGAGCAACUACAACAACUGCUGCUCCAGGCUCGACGCUGCCUGAAACAACUCAUUUCGAGUCUCCGUUGAGCCCUGUUUCUCAACGCUUGUUGACCGAAAAACCGACUUCUCUUGCCCCUCCUCAGCCCGUCAACGUAGCAGGUGGAGCUGUCCUUUCUAUGCCCACCACUACGGCGCGGAUUCCAGCGCCGACUCGAGCUCCAACCACCACCACCACCGAAAUCAAAACGAUGUUUGGUUGUACCCCGCGUUUUGAUAUUGGAUGCUUGGCUGUGGCCUGUGCGACUGCUGCAAUCGCUGCUGUAGCGAUAUACAUCCUUAUUGCUGCUAGUCGCGCUUGCUUGCCGUCGACCUAUGGCAUCGGCUGGCCUGGAAAUAAUCCUCGAAAUGGCGCUCAAACACCACCCGUAAUCCAAGAGCCAGAGGAUGAGCUUCUUCGCAUACGGCGAUCGUAUUUGGUCGACGACCGACGAGUGCGCCGAUCUUUGACCGACGAGUGCAAGGAAGUCGGCAACAUCUGCGACUGCCAGUGUGCGUUCGCCGUUGACAACGGCCGAUGGAGCAUCUCCCUCUCUCAAUCGCCUCCUUCGCUCAAUGGCAACGAUGUUUCCGAAGCAGAAGAAGGCGCCAACAUGGAUGACGCUAGCUCUACCUCCGCUCCCUCCACCACGUCGACCGUCUCUACCAAAUGGGCCACCAACAGCGACUUUACGAGCAUCUCCAAGCAACCAGGAUUUCAAGGGCUUCUGGACGCUAAUCGUCGCAUCGAAGAGGACUUUGGCGACGCUGGCUUCCAUGAGCCGCGAUCGAGCCCCUUUGACAUGGUUGACGAGUUAGCCGAGAUGGUCGACGAGCUCGUCCUUGACGGCGACGAUGCUGACACCGGGGUGAUUGAAGCGGCCAACGAGCAAGACGAGCCAGUUGACGUCGCUGGCGACGAGGCCACAGUUGGCCCGACUGCAGCUCUCGUUGAAGCCUCCGCCGAUGGCGUCGAAGCUUCCGCCGAUGGUGUUGAAGCCUCCGUCGUUGAAUACGUCGACGACAACGAAGACGCAUCCGAAGAAGGCUCUGGAGAGAACAACUUGCGCUCGGACCCUUCCACUCGACAAGCUACUGAGCCUGCCGCCACCAUUGUUACUCUUUGA